AUGAAUCGAUUAAUCGAACGAGAAUUAAGUAAAAAAUUUGAUCAUGAAUUAUAUAGUCUUAAACCUAAUCAUCGUCCUUUACAACAACAUCCAUUCAUUAAUGAUGAUUUACCUAAUCGAAUCUUAUCUGGUUUAGUAAUAAUAAAACCAAAUGUAAAAGAAUUUACAUCUGAUGGUCAUGGUGUAAUAUUCGAAGAUGGUACACAAAUUGAUCAUAUCGAUUGUAUUCUUAUGGCAACUGGUUUUAAUAUUUCAUUUCCUUAUUUAAAUGAAACUAUUCUAUCGGUCAAAGAUAAUAAGGUAAAUAAGAAAAGAAAAAUGUAGAAUUAAAUACGUAUGUUUAUUUAAUAAAGUGAUAGAAAAAAGUUUAGAAACAACGAUUUUUUUCAUAAUGUUAAGCACGUAGCUUCAAUCCAAAUAGUGAUUUUAAAAGCUAAUGAAGUUUUCUAUCCAAUACACUUUAUAACAAGAUUUUACAGAUGAACAAUGACGGUAAAGCUCCUAAAAAACCGAACACGGUAUUUUUCAAGUUCUAGAAGACUUUGCUAGAGCUAUUCUUGAACGAUGCCAUCUUAAAGAGCACAAAAUUCUGAGCAAAAUGAAAGAUCGCCGAGUUUUCUACGAACUCCUCAUAAAAAGUUACAAGUAUCACAAAAAUCAUGAAAA